AAACGUUACAGGAAACAUCCAUCUAAAACUUCGCAGAAAAGAAGUUCCAUAAGUGAUUCGACAAUAAACUUAUUUUGCAGGUCUACUAACAUUUUGAGAAAGUUACAAAUGAUCGGAAAACUUUAAAAAUGAACGUUCCCUUGUCUCAUGAAGUAAAAUCAUCAAAAUUGUUAGGAUUAUGUAUUUAACUGGAACUGCAACAAACACGCAUUUGAUUUUACAGAACGUUUUAUGAAAGCUGUUAUAAUUGUAUUGAAAAUUGAAAAUUGUUUGCCAAUUGUUCCACACCUCUACAAAUGACACAAGCAUUAUCAGAGUGGGAGGUAACCUCUGAAGCGCGGCUGGCUUGAUGCUGCUCCUAUUUAGAGAGCCAGAAGUGUCUGCAGUGUUCAACAUGAACGAUGAGCUCUCAUCUGAACUUCCCCAAAACUCUUAUUACGAUCUGCAAUGUUUACAUAUGACGCAAAAGAGUAAAAAAGAGAGAGGUGGUAUCACAGAGAGCAACACCAGGGCGAUGGAUGGGGACCGUAGCAAAGCUUAAUUCUCACGACGGACGCACGGAGCAUAAACGGUGUGAAUUACGCUCUGAAGGACAUCUAAAAUCACCGCCAGCGACGAUGUCGCUCUUCCCCGUAGUUUUGUUUUGUCUCUCGCACAUGCUGUUUUCAACGAAAAUAUACCUCUGCAUGGAAACUGAUUUUUGUGAACCUGUUCGACUUGACCGUGAAAAAGUCCCAAAUCAUGACAAACUGAGCAAAGAACUUGUCGUUUACAGAAUAAACGCUUUUAAUCGGGAAUUCUAUCUCAAUCUUCUGCCCGACUCCAGCUUUCUGGCUCCCGGCGGCACGUUUCAGCAUGACACAACAUCAAGUGCUUUUUUAGGAGGUGAUUUUAGAAGAUGCUUUUACUCCGGUGAUGUUAACGCAGACAGUAGUUCGUACGCAGCUCUCAGUCUCUGUGGAGGCGUCCGAGGAGCGUUUUCUUACGACGGGAUGGAGUACCUCAUAGAGCGCAGGUCGACCACAGCGCCAGGGAUGGUGUCGGAUGGUGCUGAUAAAACGCACGUCGUCCGCAGGAGAAGACAUCUUCACGCGCCGGGCUCAACAUCUAGGUGCGGGGUCGCAUCUGGUUAUAACCAGGGCGUUGUGGAGUCGCUGGAAAAGUACAAACAUAUCAAGGGACACACAAGGAACUUGACAGAAACUUUGCUGAAAAGCAUGAGCAGGUCGAAAAGAUUCGCCUCCAUACCGAGGUACGUGGAGGUCCUGGUCGUAGCUGAUGAGUCGAUGGCGAAAUUCCACGGAGACGACCUGAAGCAUUACCUUUUGACUCUCAUGUCAGUCACUGCAAAGCUGUACAAACACCCCAGUAUCUUGAACGCCAUCAGUAUAGUGGUUGUGAAGCUCAUGGUGAUUAAUGAGGCAGAAAAGGGACCCAAAGUGUCCAGUAACGCGGCGCUAACGCUGCGCAAUUUCUGCACCUGGCAGAAGAAGCUGAACAAGAUCAACGACAAACACCCAGAGUACUGGGAUACUGCUAUUUUGUUCACGAAGCAGGACCUGUGUGGGGCCACCACGUGCGACACUCUGGGUAUGGCUGAUGUAGGCACCAUGUGCGAUCCCAAGAGGAGCUGCUCAGUGAUCGAAGACGACGGCCUCCCCUCAGCCUUCACCACCGCACAUGAACUUGGGCACGUGUUCAGUAUGCCACAUGACAAUGUGAAGGCUUGUGAGGAGGUAUUUGGAAAGCUCAAGGACAACCAUAUGAUGUCUCCCACUCUGAUCCAGAUUGACCACAACACGCCCUGGUCUGUCUGCAGCGCUGCCAUCAUCACAGACUUCCUGGACGCCGGCCACGGUGACUGUCUGCUGGAUCAGCCCCAAAAGCUGCUGGCCCUUUCAAAUGACCCUCCAGGUGUCAGCUACUCGCUCAGCCGGCAGUGUGAACUGGCCUUCGGCUCAGGAUCCAAGCCUUGUCCGUACAUGCAGGCCUGCUCUAAGCUGUGGUGCACGGGGAAAGCUAAAGGACAGCUGGUGUGUCAGACUCGCCACUUUCCCUGGGCUGACGGUACGACCUGCGGCACCAACAAGCUGUGCUAUCGGGGGAUCUGUGCUGAUAAGCAAAAUAUCACCAAAAACAAGGUAGAUGGACAUUGGGGUCGGUGGGGUCCGUACGGGCCAUGUUCCCGUACUUGUGGAGGAGGGGUGCAGCUCGCCAAAAGGGACUGUAACAACCCUCUCCCUGAAAACGGGGGAAAGUACUGCCAGGGACUGAGAGUGAAGUAUCGAUCCUGCAACUUAGAACCCUGCAAAGACUCAGGAAAGAGCUUUCGAGAAGAGCAGUGUGAGGCAUUCAAUGGCAUCAGUCUGAACACUAACAGACUGAGCCCGUCUGUGGUCUGGGUCCCGAAAUACUCUGGGGUGUCUGUUAGGGAUAGAUGCAAGCUCAUCUGCCGAGCCAACGGCACCGGAUACUUUUAUGUGCUUGCACAGAAGGUGGUGGACGGGACCCCUUGUUCUCCUGAUACCUCAGCGGUCUGUGUUCAGGGGAAAUGCAUUAAGGCUGGCUGUGAUGGCAAACUGAGCUCCAACAUAAAGUUUGACAAAUGUGGUGUGUGUGGAGGAGACAGCCAAAACUGCAAGAAAGUCUCUGGAAUGUUCACAAAACCCAUGAAUGGAUAUAACUUUGUGGUGAUUCUACCGGUCGGAGCUGCGAACGUGGACGUAAGGCAGCGCGGUUACCGGGGUCUGAUUAACGAUGACAACUAUUUAGCAGUAAAGAACAUCCAUGGCAAAUAUCUCCUGAAUGGAAACUUUGUGGUUUCAGCAGUAGAAAAAGACAUUAUCGUAAAGGGAAGUCUGCUGCGCUACAGUGGAACGGGCACCUCGGUGGAGACCCUGCAGUCCUCCAGACCUCUCAAAGAGUCUCUCACGGUGGAGCUGUUGUCGGUGGGUAAAAUGACUCCUCCUCGAGUGCGCUACUCCUACUACACGAAUGUGGGAAAUAAAGAGGGCAAGGUCCUAAAGAAGGAGGAGAGGACGCCUACGCAGAACAGUGUGCUGGAAGAUAGCAAUAAAGUGGAGCUGAAGAAGCCAGCCUAUCAAAUGCCAUCUUAUAAAUGGGUGGCGGCGGACUGGAACAAGUGCUCGGUUACUUGUGGGAACGGAGUUCAGAGUAGACUGAUUCAGUGUUUGGAUGAGGAUGGGGAAACGGCUACACAUUGUGACGGCACACAAAAGCCCAGUGCCAUUAGGGUGUGUGGUGACCCUUGCCCAACAUGGAGCAUCGGCGAAUGGUCAUCGUGCUCUAAAACCUGCGGGAAAGGCUUUAGGAGGCGCCCACUGCGAUGCAUCACUCAAACCGGACUGCUUUUACCUAGAGACCACUGCUCAAGCAAAAGAAAGCCACAGGAACUGGACUUUUGCAAUGUUCGACCCUGCUAGUGAAUGAUUCGGUGUGUUCCGGGACCAAUUUUAUGGAGCCAAAGCGAUCGAUUUAUGUGUGCAUCCUGUGUUGCCUCAUUUAUAAUGAGAAUGUUGUCUCAAAUGACGUCUUUUAACAUUGCAAUGUUACAGUAAGGUACAGCUAUCGCCUACCUCGAAAAGGACAGGGUGUUUUAACGCAACAAAAUAACACAGACUACGCAAAGCUGUAAAACGGUAUGCCUUGGCAUUAAAACUGUCACAAAAGCAGGCUUUUACAGUAUCUCCUCUACAUAUGGUUGUAGAUAAAGUGAUAAUAUCGGACAGCGUUUGAGUUUGUAUUCAGACUUUAAAUACAUGUGAAUAAUUUGAUCUAAAUGUGAAGCAUAUUGUAUGCAAAAAUAGGGCGACUUGGUCCAUGCACUAUUGAUCAUUUGUAUUCGUACAGUAUAUUGGGCUGAGAUAGUCAGUAGAUUAAAGCGUUCCUGUUCAUUGAAGGUGCAAGAAGCAGAAUUUAGGGGUAACAUAUAAGUUUAGACAAGAUAAAGAUGCAAAAAGUAGGCUUUUAGUUUGGAUUUAGUGAAAGUAAUCAGUAAUUUACCUACUCGUUUUGGACAGACUGUAAACACAUAUUUACAUUAAUAAUGUUAAUGUUUAAUUAAAUGGUACCGUACACAAAGGGAUAAAACGGUUAAAUACUAUGAAUAAAUUAGUAUACUUAAUGGCACGAAACAUCAUCAUUUCAGCUAUAUAAGUAUACCAGUUUAUAUAUAAUUUUUUUCUCUGCUAAAAGACACUGAUGCUGAUAUGGCCUCAGUACUUCAAAUGAUGUGCAAAAGAAACUUUUUAUACAAUAUAUGAUUUCAAUAUCAUUAAAUCAAUCUCCACAGUAUACAGAGGGAAUAAAAGAAAUAUAAAACUCAUGCAGCUGCUACAGCCACUACGAUUUAAGCUGUAAAGUCACCAUGAUUCUUAGAUGAAAAAUCAAGCGUAUGUUUAAUUGUACGUGUAUUAGAUGUAUUCUCUGCUGGAUCUAUGAAGAUACAUUGUAACUUGUGUAAACCAAAUGUUGUCGUUGAGAGCAUCCCAUUCAUUCCAAAGGUGCUUCCUUGUUUAUUCGUGUUUUCUCAUCUUUUGAUGUUAAUACAGCAAAAGGCGCUUAUGUUUUUCUAUUGGGAUCCAUUGUAUACUAUGUAUACAUCCAUCAACUGUGCACAAAUAAAUACAGAAAUGAUAUGAACCGCUCUGAGGAAUCGCGUAUAUGUUAAUGAUCAGCUUUAAACUGUGCUGAAAAGUCAUUUGGUCACGGCAGCUAAUCUCCUCACUACAGGCCGGAUGAAGUGUCAUGGACAAUCCCACAGCAUUCAGUGACACUGGAAUUCUGCUGAGGCGACUGUUCAGUCUUUCCCCGGAAAAAACCUGACGAACUCGGGCCUGAUAAUCCUCUUCAAUUGUGCGACGGAGCUCAACCAUC